UCUGGCUUUUCUGUGGCCACCGCCCCCAAUCACCAGCCCCUGUUCUUCGGGGGUGUGUGUGAUGAGGAAGAGGAGGAGAACCUGGAGGGAGAGUUCUUCAACGAUCUGUACUUCUACGACGCCACCAGGAACUGGUGGUUUGCGGGACCGCUGAAGGGACCCAAGUCCGAGAAGAAAAAACGUAGGCAGGGCAGAAAAGAGGAGCCCGAAGGUGUCAGCAAGCAGGCGUGUGGGAGAGCCAGUGCCCAAGGGCCCGUGGAGGUAGUCAAGGAGGUGGUGGCUGAGGAUGGGACCGUGGUCACCAUUAAGCAGGUGCUGGCCGCCCCAGGCUCAGUGGGGCAGCCCCAGUCUGAGGAUGAAGACAGCGCCGAGGAGGCCGACAGCCCGGUGCCCGGGCCAUGUCCACGCUUCAACGCCAUGCUGGCUGUGAAGCACGAGGUGCUCUACGUCUUCGGGGGCAUGUUUGAGGCCGGCGACCGCCAGGUCACCCUCAGCGACUUGCACUGCCUGGACCUGCACAGGAUGGAGACAUGGAAGGCCUUGGAGGAGAUGGACCCAGGAAGUGGCCACCACCGUCCCGCAGCUCCCCUGGUCUGCCCAGGCUGUGCUGACAUCUGUGUGUUCAUUCUGCUUUUGAGGAAACUCAAGAGUGGCUGGAGGAGACGGACUCGGAAGAGGACAUUGAGGAGGAGGUCGAGGGCGCGGAGGGUGGAUAGCCCCUGCCGGGGGCGCCUGGAGAGUGCUGUGCCAACGUCCGCUCAGGACCCAGCCGUGUUGGGUGACGCUUUCGGCAGCCUGUGCCCUGACGAACAGGAGGAGAAG